AUGAGUAAACCUUCUAAAUUAUGCCGAAAGACUUCUUGUUCAAGAAGCAAUAUAUUCUGCAAUCUCAUUGACAAAAUUGUUAAAAGACCAUCCUUGCAGUUUCUGGGUCAGUGGGGAUAUCACUGUUAUGAGCCUAGAAUUUACAGAACACUGGCAAAAAUUCUGAGGUACGUCGACUUGGAUGGGUUUGACACACUACUCACAGAUUAUAUUGCAUUUGUGGAAAAAUCAGGAUAUCGCUUUGAACUAAAUUUUAACCUGGAAUUUACUGAAAUAUGUGUGAAUACAAUUUUGUACUGGGUUUUUGCCAGAAAAGGCAAUCCUGACUUUGUGGAAUUACUUCUCAAGAAGACAAAAGACUAUGUUCAAGACAGAAGCUGUAACCUGGCACUGAUAUGGAGAACUUUCACACCAGUAUACUGUCCAAGUCCACUAAGCGGCAUCACACCUUUACUUUACGUAGCUCAGACAAGACAGUCUAACAUCUUAAAAAUACUCCUACAAUAUGGAAUCUUAGAAAGAGAAAAAAAUCCGGUCAACAUUGUCUUAACAAUAUUGCUCUACCCUUCAAGAGUAAGAAUAAUGGUUGAUAAUGAAUUGGUUGACAUCCAGGAAGAUGCCAAAACAUGUUUAGUGUUAUGUUCCAGAGUGCUGUCGGUCAUUUCAAUUAGGGAAAUAGAGACACAGCUAAGUCUGGGAAGACGUCCAAUUAUUUCAAAUUGGUUAGAGUACAUUCCUUCAACAAGAUAUAAAGAACCAUGUGAACUAUUACAUCUUUGCAGAAUAACCAUCAGGACUCAACUAUUAACCAACAAUAUGCUUCCAAAUGGAAUAUUUUCACUUCUAAUUCCCGUUCGUCUACAGAACUACCUGAAUUUAGAAAGCUAA